UGAGAGGAGGUGUUCUCAGGACUCUUCCUCCUCUCUUCUCUCCCGGCUGGGUUCUGACUCCCCUCGACCUCGGAUGAAAUAUGGCGGAAUGUUCUGUAGCGUGGAGGGAGCGUUCGAGAACAAGACGCUGACAUUCAGUCCACAGAGACGAGGAGGAGGAGGAGGAGGAGGAGGAGGAGGAGGACAGACGGUGGUGUUUCCUUCCGGACACGCCCGGGAAAACUACGGCAAGAGAGAGGGUGACCGUCUGCUCAUCAAAGGAGGGAAAGUCGUGAACGAUGAUCAGUCGUUUUACGCCGACAUCUACGUUGAGGACGGGAUCAUCAAGCAGAUGGGGGAGAGCCUCCUGGUCCCAGGAGGGGGUUUCCAGACGGUGGAGGCCUAUGGUCAGCUGGUGUUUCCUGGAGGCAUCGAUGCUAACACCAGCCUGUUCUCCCCCCAGAGAGGCCAGCAGCCUGCAGACGACCUGCAGCGAGGAACCAGAGCGGCUCUGUGUGGAGGAACCACCACCAUCUUGGACCACGUGCUGGUGGAGCCAGGAACUAAUUUACUGACGGCCUUCCAGCAGUGGAGGGAUAUGGCAGAGCAGAAGGCGUGCUGCGACUUCUCCGCUCACCUGGACAUCACGCGCUGGCACGACGGUCUGACCGAGGAGGUGGAGGCGCUCGUCAAGGACCAAGGUGUGAACUCCUUCCUGUUCUUCAUGUCCUACAAAGACAGAUACCAGAGCUCCGACUCACAGCUCUACGAGGCGUUCGGGGUCCUCCGGGAUCUCGGAGCCAUCGCUCAGGUGCACGCUGAGAACGGAGACAUCAUAGAGGAGGAGCAGAAGAAGCUGCUCUGUCUCGGCAUCACCGGACCUGAAGGACACGUUUUAUCUCACCCUGAGGAGGUGGAGACGGAGGCGGUUUACCGGGCCAUCACCAUCGCCAAACAGGCCAACUGCCCGCUGUACGUUACCAAGGUGAUGAGCAAGUCCGCCGCUGACAUCAUUGCCAAGGCCAGGAAGAAAGGUAUGGUGGUCUACGGGGAGCCAAUCACAGCCGGCCUGGCCACUGACGGCUCUCACUAUUGGUCCAAAGACUGGGCCACUGCUGCUGCCUUCGUCAUGAGCCCCCCCCUCAACCCAGACCCCUCAACGCCUCAGAGCCUGGUUUCUCUGUUAGCAUGUGGAGACCUCCAGGUGACGUCCAGCGCUCAGGCCAGCUUCUCUACGGCUCAGAAGGCCGUGGGUAAAGACGACUUCACGCUGAUCCCUGAAGGCACCAGCGGCAUCGAGGAGAGGCUGUCGGUCGUCUGGGACCGCGGCGUGUGUUCGGGGAAGAUGGAUGAGAACGAGUUUGUUGCAGUGACAAGCACCAACGCCGCCAAGCUGUUCAACAUGUACCCCCGCAAAGGGAGGAUCGCUGUGGGCUCGGACGCUGACCUCGUCGUCUGGAACCCUAAAGAGAGCCGGACCGUUUCUGCAAAGACUCACAACCUGAGUCUGGAGGUGAACAUUCUGGAGGGUCUAGAGUUCCGGGGCGUUCCAUCUGUUGUAAUCUGCGGGGGUCGGGUGGUUCUUCAGGACGGGAAGCUGAACGUGAGCGAAGGAUCUGGACGCUUCGUAUACAGGAAGGCGUUCCCUGACACCGUGUACAAGAGGAUCAGAGCCCGCAGCAAGAUGGCGGAGGCCCGCGGCGUCCCCCGUGGAAACUAUGAUGGUCCGGUCCAUGAUGUCAUCAUGAUGACUGAAUUGGUCCCGCCCACCCCGACCACCAGGGGGCCGCCCUGCCCGAAAACCCAGACCAGCCUCCGAAAUCUCCACCAAUCCGGAUUCACGCUGGCAGGGGGUCAGGUAGACGACCACCUCCCUCUGCGCUCCUACCAGAGAGUCAUGGCUCCUCCCGGUGGACGCUCCUCCUUCUCCUCCUUAUCUUAGAGAGUGAACAACACACUGAACCCUGCAGUCAGUAUACUUCAAGUAGUACUGAUUGGACCUCCUGAUAGAAUACUUCAAAAAGUACUCCUUCCAACUGCUACUUAACCCUUCUGGAGUAGUAAUUCAACUAAUACUAAAUAUAUAUGUAGUACUACAUCCUUAAACUAAUACUACAACCCUACAAAUACUAACAAAUCCUACAACAACCUCUCAUGUACAGUACAUAAGCCGUGUUCACACCGCAGUACUUUUCCCACUUUAGUUCCGAUAUAGUUCCGAAAUGUCGCGUUCACACCAAAAAGAGCCGGAACUAAAAUUAGUUCAUGAGAACCUUUUCACCCCCUUUUCCGUCCCUGUUAGAGAGCAGGGACUUUCGUGGGA